AUGAAGAUCUCAACAGCCAUCAUCUCUUCCCUCCUCGCCAUCAGCGCCUCCGCGUUUGACAAGUACCAGCCAUGGGGGAAACGCGACUACGCCUGCAUCAACGUCUACCAAGGCAUCCCCGAUAAUUCCACGGUGGCCCCCGGCAGCCAGAUCGAGCUACGCUUCAAUCGCGCCCCGACAACUUACUGCCCUGGUCCCCUGUCCCAAUACCCCGGCGGCGAGUAUAAUGUCUGGCUGUACAACAAUCCCGUGAGGGUCCCCAAUUCUAUUAACUUUGAUCAGUCGAUCAAGAUCCAGGACGGAAUUAAGGAGGAGGAUGGAAAGGUGACGAUCACCGUCCCCGGGGAGAUACCCGCGGUUAAUGAUGACUCGGUGUGGUAUUUGCGGGUGCAGACGGUCUUAGAGACGGCGCCGCAGACAGCCUUCUUGCACCGAUAUCUCAAAAAGAGAUUCGAGCAUUCGCUGCCGGUAACGGCCAACGUUGAGAAACAUGACAUCCUCCUACACACAACUGUCGGCCCGGUGAGGUACGAGAUCUGGGAUGUCAGCGGCACUCAGAAACCAAAUGCCCUGUCGUCGAGGGAAUUCGACGACAUCGAUGCUGCGAUCAUCAUGUUUGAUCUGACAGAUCGGAUCUCGUACAAUAAUGUACCUAAUUGGUACCAAAGCCUCGUGAACAAGGAUGGGAUGCGCCUGGGGAGGUUUAUCCCCAUCUUCAUCUGCGGAAACAAAGACGAUGCCUCGAUGGAUGCCAGAUUGCCGCCAAAGACUAUCACUUUCCCCAAGAAGAAAGGGACGGGGUAUGUGGAGAUGUCUGUCAUGUCUCUGAGCAACAUACAUGAACCGUUCCUUGAUCUUGCGAGGCAGCUGUUGAGAAAUCCUGCCGUGGGGUACAAAUCGCUGCCCAAUGUUGGACCCGCAGCAUUCAAAUCCCAAACGGACAGUUGGGUCCCCCUGUGGCGCCGGGAAAAUGGAUCCCAGGAUAAAGAUGCAGUUGUACCCUAUAUUCUAACCCAAGAGAUACCACCUCUUGAAUCACCGCCACCAAUGAAAGCAGAUAUCUCGGCUGAAAGCUUCUCAACCGUUAUCGAGACGCCCAAGAGGGCGGAUGCAUCCGAUGGGCAACUGAAGUUUCUCAACACCACUAAUAAAGUACAAAAUGAGCUCAAACCACCUGUCAACGGGACUGUCCCAGUUUUCAAGGAGACAAAACCUGCAGUCAAUGGAACCGUCCCAGUUGCAGAAGUAGAAGGGACAAACCUCCAUAUUGUGGCCACGGAGGAGCGCGGAGCUACGAAGAAGCACCAAGAACCAACAAAAGAGCAUCGCGAAUCCAAGAAAGCACACCAAUCUCCAGAAGAGAAACCAAACACUGUCAAGGACCAAGGACUCUUCGUACUUUGCAUCCACUGCAUCAGAAUGGUGCUUAUCAAGAGCAUCCAGGAAACACCCCUAGCUCACCUAUCAAAUGACAAGCCGUCUUUUGCCCUCAUCACGACGGCAUGCCGCUCCUGCUGUCGGGACUCGAAAAAGUCCCAGUCGGACGAAGUGCGCAUGUCUCCGGAUCUGAUCCGCUACACGGCCAUGUAUGAGUGUGCGCGCAAGGUGGCCGAGGAAGAAGUAGAGGUGCUCGCGGACAAAAGCAGUGUUGCGCAUAUCUCUCUUGACAAAUUGACGAACAGUAUUGGCCGUGAGUGUCAAAUCCAGGGGAUUUCAACAAGUCCGGAGAUACUGCAGAGGUUAAGGCAGGUGGCGAGGAAGGAUGUGUUGUUGGGCUAUGUGCCGGGGGCAUUCCUCUAG